GGGGCCGGUGCGCGCACUGGAGGAGGAGCGCAGUGGUGGGUGCUGGUUGCGGGGCCGGACGGAGCAGGACUUGUUUGGGGUGUUUUCCGCUUUAUCGGCUGAUUUUUCCGCUUUUGCGCCUUGUUUUUAUUAUUCCGGCUGUUUUUUUUUCUAUCGAUAUUUUGUUUUUCCGCGCCUUGCGGGCGCCUGCGGAGCGGUGCGCGGCUUCCCCCCGCGCCCGCGGGCCGGCUCUGCCCCUCGCCCCCCUUCCCGUCCGCCGAUGCUCAACAUGACCGAGGAGCACGACAAAGCGCUGGAGGCUCCGUGCAGCCCCGCGGGCACCACCAGUUCCAUGUCCCACGUGGACUCGGACUCAGACUCGCCGCUGUCCCCCGCUGGCUCCGAGGGGCUGGGCUGUGCCCCGGCGCCCGCCCCGCGCCCGCCCGGCGCCGCUCCGAUGGGCAGUAAGGUGGAUGCGGCCGAGGUGGACGAGCGCUUCCCCGCCUGCAUCCGCGACGCCGUCUCGCAGGUGCUGAAGGGCUACGACUGGAGCCUGGUGCCCAUGCCCGUCCGCGGCAACGGAUCGCUCAAGGCUAAGCCGCAUGUCAAACGGCCCAUGAACGCCUUCAUGGUGUGGGCGCAGGCCGCCCGCAGGAAGCUGGCUGACCAGUACCCGCAUCUGCACAAUGCCGAACUCAGCAAGACCCUGGGCAAGCUCUGGCGCUUGCUAAGUGAAAAUGAGAAACGUCCCUUUGUGGAAGAAGCCGAGCGGCUCAGGGUCCAGCACAAAAAGGAUCACCCGGAUUAUAAAUACCAGCCCCGGAGGAGGAAAAGCGUGAAAGCCGGACAGAGCGACUCCGACUCCGGUGCUGAGCUCAGCCACCAUGCGGGCACCCAGAUCUACAAAGCGGACAGUGGGCUGGGGGGCAUGGCCGAGCCCCACCACCACGGUGAUCACACAGGUCAGACCCACGGACCACCCACCCCCCCCACCACCCCCAAAACCGACCUCCACCACGGCAGCAAGCAGGAGCUGAAGCACGAGGGCCGCCGCCUCGUGGAAAGCGGCCGCCAGAACAUCGACUUCAGCAACGUGGACAUCUCCGAGCUGAGCAGCGAGGUCAUCAACAACAUGGAGACCUUCGACGUGCACGAGUUCGACCAGUACCUGCCGCUCAAUGGCCAUGCUGCCAUGCCGGCUGACCAUGGUCCCAAUGCUGCUGCCGGCUCCUAUGGCGCUUCCUAUUCCCACUCGGCCACGGGCACCAGCGGGACCAGCCAGGUUUGGACUCACAAAAGCCCGGCCUCAGCAUCGCCGUCAUCUGCUGACUCGGGCCAGCAAAGGCCCCACAUCAAAACGGAGCAGCUGAGCCCCAGCCACUACAGUGACCAGUCCCAUGGCUCCCCUGCACACUCCGACUACGGCUCCUACAGCGCCCAGGCUUGUGCCACCACCGCCUCCACCGCCACGGCUGCUGCCUCCUUCUCCAGCUCCCAGUGUGACUACACGGACCUCCAGAGCUCCAACUACUACAACCCCUACCCCGGCUACCCCUCCAGCAUUUACCAGUAUCCCUAUUUCCACUCAUCCCGCAGGCCCUACGCGACACCCAUCCUCAACGGCUUGUCCAUCCCGCCGGCUCACAGCCCCACUGCUAACUGGGACCAGCCGGUCUAUACGACCCUGACGAGGCCUUAAAGGAUGUGUGGAGCCCCCGAGGGCUUCCCUGACAUAUGCACUAAUGAAGGAAUGAAGACGAAGAGCGUGGAGUGCCGUGAUAAGUUUCCGAAGUGCCUCCUGAGCCACUGGGAACUCUGCUCGUUGCGACUGGAUGUCCCCUUGCUUCAAAACUCUCCAAAAGGACAGAGCUCUAUUUUUCUUUAAUACAAUUAAAACAAUGAAAUUAAAAGCAAAGGACUGGUGAUUUUCCUUUUGAAUAAAUGAAGGACAAAAACCAUUCGACUCCUCUGUGAGGACUGAACUGGACUUACUCGUCGUGGAAGUUGACAAGUGCAAAAAAGUGGAGCUGGGGUGGGGGGGUGUGGGAAAGGGAAGGGAAGAAAAAGCUGAUUGAGACUUUAAGGGUCUAUUGCAAUGUGAGGAACGGACCAACCUUGAGGGCAAGAACUCACUGGGACCAAGGCGGAGGAGCCCCGAAAGCCCGGCUAUUCCAUGUAAUGAUCUCGUGGGAACAAGCGAGUCUGGUGGGACCAACCAAUUCCAUGUCUGAAGUGUUUGUUUGAUUUUAGUCAAGAGUUCUUCUGAGCAAGGUUUGGCUGUAAUUAACAUUUUGUUUUGUUUUAUGGAAGCUUAAAAUGGGGUUUGUUUCCUUUUUUGGUAUUUUUUUUUAAUCUGUUAAAUAUGUAUUUAUGUUCUGUAUUAUUUUGUCUUUUAAUUAAUGAAGUAAUUUUGUGCAAAAAAACACAACAAAAUGAAAGUAGAAUUUUAAAAGAUUUUAAAGAAUUUGGGGGUGGGAGCAUAAAACUAGUGGAGAUGACACAAUAAAAUGGUGUUAUGAGUCUAGAGGUUUUCCUUGGUUUUUGGGCUUGGGACACUGCAGCAGUCGUCUUAGAGAGGAACUGACCCAAUCUGCCCAUCGCAGAGCUGGUCACCAACAGGGAAUUCAAAUGGGAAUGUAAAAUAACAAGGGGAGGGGGGGAACAGUUACUAAUUCAAUUGGGAGGCUAAAAUGAUCACAAGAAGGAGCAGGCAGUUUUCCUGGCUACCUGCUCUUGGGUGUUAAAUUGGGACUUAAGGCAUCGCAGAGUCUUUGUGCGCUUUCGGAACCAGGACUGCUUUAUAGGAAGAUGUAAUUUAAUGAGAAAUGAUCAACUUCUGCUUUAAUUUUUUGGCUUCUAGGGACCAGAUAUCACCCAUCAAGCUGUGAAACUAAAACCCUCUCCACUAAAAAAAACGUUUUAGGUACUUAGUUUUAGACUAAUAUUUUCAUUGAUAUAUUUCUACUUCUUCCAUUGUAUGCUGAGCAUAUAAUAACCACCUAUUUUAUGGUAACUUGUGCCUUUAAGAAACCUUUGUAAAUCUAAACCCACGUUUCAGAGGUUAUCAUCUUUUUACCUUUUCUACGUUUCCUACUUUUUCUUUUUUUUCUUUUUUUUUUUUCCUAAAAAAAAUAUUUUUUUGCAUAUUUCCUUUUGCGGGGACAUUGGGGGUGGGGGAGAACACAGAAAACUCCUUUUUAUGCAAUCUAUUUUUCUGUAUAAAGUUUGAGAGACUUUGCCUGUUACUUAUCUGUUCUCUUCACUAGCUUCGGACUAAGCAAUGCUAACUUUUGUACAGAUCCAUUUGAUGAAAUUAAAAGUUGCUUUUUAUCAA